AGCCCACAAGGCUUCUUUUCCUUUUUGAUCCAUUCAAAAAUUACUCAUUGCAAAUUCCCGGACUGCAAGGAGCGGAGAAAGAAGGGGGCGGAGGAGAGAGGACAGCUGCAGGCGUCGCGCUGGGGGUGCCCAGAGACCCGGGACAUUGACGGCCGUCCCGCAGACGCUGGUGGCCGGCGCCCGGCUCCGUGGCCUCACCAGGAAGCGUCAGUCUCGACCCCGGGGAAGCUGAGCGCCGCCCCUGCCACCCCCGCGGCAGCCACCACCGCUGCCUGGCUCUGUGCAUCGGAGUUCCCCCCCGGGCCACAGCCACAGCCCUAGCCUGAGUCCUCCUCCGCCUUCCCGCGAUGGCCGGCCGCUGAGCUCUAACUGGGCACGGCCAACCCAGCCCGCUCGGCAUGGCUGCGAGAGAGGAGCUGUACAGCAAAGUCACCCCCCGGAGGAACCGCCAGCAGCGCCCGGGCACCAUUAAGCACGGAUCGGCGCUGGAAGUGCUGCUCUCCAUGGGGUUCCCCCGAGCGCGCGCACAAAAAGCCUUGGCAUCCACAGGAGGAAGAAGUGUUCAGGCAGCAUGUGACUGGUUAUUCUCCCACGUCGGUGACCCCUUCCUGGAUGAUCCCUUGCCCCGGGAGUACGUCCUCUACCUCCGCCCCACUGGCCCCUUAGCGCAGAAGCUAUCAGACUUUUGGCAACAGUCAAAGCAGAUCUGCGGGAAGAACAAGGCACACAACAUCUUCCCCCACAUCACCCUCUGCCAGUUCUUCAUGUGUGAGGACAGCAAGGUGGAUGCCUUGGGGGAGGCCCUGCAGACCACUGUCAGCCGCUGGAAGUGCAAGUUCUCAGCCCCACUGCCCUUGGAGCUCUACACCUCCUCCAAUUUCAUUGGUCUCUUUGUGAAGGAAGACAGUGCCGAGGUCCUCAAGAAAUUUGCUGCUGACUUUGCUGCCGAGGCUGCGUCCAAAACCGAAGUGCAUGUGGAACCUCACAAGAAGCAACUGCAUGUGACCCUGGCCUACCACUUCCAAGCUAGCCACCUCCCCACCCUGGAGAAGCUAGCCCAGAACAUUGAUGUCAAACUUGGAUGCGACUGGGUAGCAACCAUAUUCUCUCGGGAUAUCCGAUUUGCUAACCAUGAGACAUUGCAGGUCAUCUACCCCUACUCCCCGCAGAAUGACGAUGAGUUGGAGCUGGUCCCGGGGGACUUCAUCUUCAUGUCACCAAUGGAGCAGACCAGCACCAGCGAAGGCUGGCUCUAUGGCACCUCCUUAACCACCGGCUGUUCCGGACUCCUGCCGGAGAACUACAUUACCAAGGCCGAUGAAUGCAGCACCUGGAUAUUUCAUGGUUCGUAUUCCAUCUUAAAUACAACAUCAUCCAGCUCUCUCACCUUUGGGGAUGGAGUAUCGGAGAGACGGCAGUAUGAGGACCAAGGACUGGGAGAGACGACAGCCCUCACUAUCAUCUGCCAGCCCAUGCAGCCUCUCCGAGUCAACAGUCAGCCCGGCCCCCAGAAGCGAUGCCUUUUUGUGUGUAGGCAUGGAGAAAGGAUGGAUGUUGUGUUUGGGAAGUACUGGCUGUCACAAUGCUUCGAUGCCAAAGGCCGCUACAUACGCACCAACUUGAACAUGCCCCAUAGCUUACCUCAGCGGAGUGGUGGCUUCCGAGAUUACGAGAAAGAUGCUCCAAUCACUGUGUUUGGAUGUAUGCAAGCAAGACUAGUGGGUGAAGCAUUGCUGGAGAGUAACACCAUCAUCGACCACGUCUAUUGCUCCCCAUCUCUACGCUGUGUUCAGACGGCACACAAUAUCUUAAAAGGUUUACAACAAGAAAAUCACCUGAAGAUCCGUGUCGAACCAGGCUUAUUUGAGUGGACAAAAUGGGUUGCUGGGAACUCCUUGCCUGCCUGGAUAGCACCAUCGGAGUUAGCUGCGGCCAAUCUGAGUGUUGAUACAACCUACAGACCUCACAUUCCAGUCAGCAAAUUAGUGGUUUCGGAAUCCUAUGAUACUUACAUCAGUAGAAGUUUCCAAGUAACAAAGGAAAUAAUAAGUGAAUGUAAAAGUAAAGGAAAUAAUAUUCUGAUUGUGGCCCACGCAUCUUCCCUUGAAGCAUGCACCUGCCAGCUUCAAGGCCUGUCACCUCAGAACUCCAAGGACUUUGUGCAAAUGGUCCGUAAGAUCCCAUACCUGGGCUUUUGCUCCUGUGAAGAGUUAGGAGAAACUGGAAUAUGGCAGCUGACGGACCCACCCAUCCUUCCUCUGACCCAUGGACCAACGGGGGGUUUCAACUGGAGAGAGACAUUGCUGCAAGAAUAAACUACCUGCGUGCACAAGAAGAGGAGGACUUUUGAAGUGUCUUCUAGCGUGUAACAGUGGAAAUUCCAUACCACAUUCUAAGUGAACAGCUCAGAGUGAUUUAGCUUAUUUCCUUUCAUUCUUCCAGUUCCUAGGAUGAGGCUGUGCAAUUGAGAGAAAGACUUGAUUUGAGACGGGGUGGGGAAUAAAUCAAGCUCUCUGGAUCCUUGUUUAGCUCACAAGGCUCUGGACAACUGUCUUCCUGAACUGAGGCACCCGCUGCAGCGGAAGGUGUCUUGUUGCUUCUGUCUGUACAGCGUAAGAGCCCCACUGCCCCCCAAAGGAGCUGCCAUCCCACUGUGGAGGGAGCCCCAGGGAAGGGAAGGGGGCUUCCAAAUCCAGCUGGGGGAACCUGAGCUGCACUUUGUGGAGGGCAUUUUCUUUUGAACUCUAGCUUCCAGUUAGGCAAAGUCAAGCUAAGGAAUCCUCCGAAGGUUGUUAGAAAACGUGCCAUGCGCAGAGAUGUCCAUGGGUUACAAAUUAGUCUUACCCUCAGUAGACCCCAUAUAGCUGCUUUGCUGGCUCAAGACACCUGCUUGAUAAGUCUGAUAGUUACCCUGAUGCCACCACAUUUUCUUCAGAGCAAUUGGCACUUCUUGCUACAGUCCUCCCCCUUUUGCUUCUUUGAAAUGAAGACAAAGCAUUUUUAUCCCUCCAAGGUACUUUGGACAGUCAGGAGGAAGAUAAGAUAAAGGUAUGAAAUAGUCCAUGGCAGGUGCAGAAAACUUACGAAGUAUAAAGAGAUUUGGAAUUAACCUGUGUUGUAGCUAAUCAGGUACAGCAUCUCUGAGAUCUGAGAUUUGCUUAUCUGUGCCCCUAGACGUACACUAUGUUACCAAACUAAGAAUGCCAACAUCUGGAAAGGAUGUGUGUUGGAAGCAUGAUUUGGGUCAGCAAGAAGCUCCUUCUGUGCAAUAUGGAUGUUUUUGUCAACCUGCACAUACACUUACAGUAUAUGGUCACCUUAGGAGGAUGUUCACAGGUGUAUCAGUUGUGCCAGGGAUGUAUAAUGAAGUCAGGGAACUAAUUUAAAUGAUGACAGUGCUUGCUAACUGUGCUGUCGAUUCUGUUUGUUUUUUAUGAUAAUUUAAAACAUGUAAGUAAAGCCAGUUGAAGGAAAUUGAAGAGUCACAACAUGUGGUUUCUCAUUAUACCUGCUUCCUACAUUUAGAGGAAGUUCAUAUAAAUGACAAUCAAACUAACAGGACAGUCAUUGAUGUCUGUUUAGUUGUGUGGCUAGCUAACUAUUGAUAGCCACACACAAUAGCCUGAUACAAAUCUGUUCACUAUGUAGACUAUGUAUGCAAUCCCAUCCCUGCAAAUGGAGCAUUAGUGUAAGACAAAACUAUGGAUGUAUAACAGCACUAAAGAAGUUUCAAAACCUAGAUGUAUAAAACCAGAUAUAUAAAAAUAGACCCAUACUUAUAUUAGAAAGUGGAAUUUGAUUCCCCUGAAAAGAAGAGGAAGUGAGAAGAGGCUGACUGUAUGUUAAUCAGCAAAAGAAGUACAGCUGUAUUUUUUUAAGUCACUUGGAGAAAUAAAAAGAUACUUCAGUAAGUUCAUGGAAAUAGAAUUAAAAAUAAGUUUCUUUGGUGCAAGCAUAUGUGAAAUCCAUGGUGCGAGGAAUCUUCACAUGAUUGUGGGGAUGCAUAUUACUAAAACAAAAAUACAAACAUGAAUUUCAUUAGCUCAAUUUUUCUACACAUUCUUUUGAAGUACAUUUGUAGGUCAUUAAUUUUACAUGUUGAGAAACAAAUGACAAUUUCUGUAGCACUGCAUACACACUGAGAGUGUAGAGAGUGCUGGUGUGUUAGCACAAGCAUGAAUACUUUCUCCUGAAUAUGGGAGGAAGGAAGAAGCGGCAAGAAAGCCACCGUGAUGGGUCCUAAAGGUCAUCCUGCAGCCAGUGCAAAAGUCCCGAUCAUUCAUUCUUCUGCCUUCAAAAAGAGGUGGCUGCACUUUUUAAUCAGAACACUGAAAUGCUGAUUGGAUUCGUCACAAACUUUCAUGGCUUUUGAGUGCUCGAAGAAAUGCCUGAACACCUUACAUCAGCUUUUCCUAAAACUGUAGCAGUGUAUUUGGGGCAACGUCUGUACCUACCUGAGGUAAGGGUGAGCAUAGGGUACCCUAAGGUUUCGUUGACUCAGCAAUGACGUGCUGAGUCUGCUGAUGGGCUGCAGUCCAUCACCUGCAGUUCACUGUGGACAGACUAGGCAUUUGUCCACAUGACCUAGGGGAGGAGGCAGUGAUCUGGAGAAAAAAAAAAAAUGGAAUUCCUCAGCUGGAAAAUCCUGAGCAGAGAAAGAAUUAAUUCUUCUGCUUGAGUUCUUCAAAUUGCUAAUCAAAAUGGCCUGAAUGAUCUAAAUUCUCAUUGAAUAAUUUUUUUAAAACCCUGAACUCCAAGUGAGAAAUCAUGUUGAAUGUAUAUAGAAUUGAAGAGACAGCUAGAUUGUCCAAUUGUACACUCAUCUGAAAAUUCCACGCUGAUAUUUGAUCUGAAGUUGAAACUGUUUUUAUCUAUCUGGUUUUUAAAAUCUAAGGCUGAUGCAUAAUAGAACAAAUGAUGGGGGCAGGGGGAAGUUAGGAAGGAAAAAAAAAGACGGAAAAUACCAGCUAAAAAGAAUCAAAUGUAUUUUUGUGAAGAGGAAUUUUUUUCCCCUGAGGUAGAAAGUUAUCUACAAUACCAGGUGAAAUGAAACUAACCAAAGGAUUUAAUCUGGGAUUAAAAGUCUGGAACUGGUUCCUGCUUCUGCAACAGCAAUCCACUAAUGCUCCAGUAUUAUUCCUAGACAGUGCUUUGUUUUCUGUGAUUUUAAAAUGCCACCUCUAUUGGUCGAUGGACAAGAAUAAUUGGCACAUUUGAAUGCAUACGCUUGGCGUUUGGUUUUCUCAGGCUCUCUUCAGCAUCUCUGCACUGGGAGUGAGGAACUUAUUGCUUCCCCCCACUGUGGAGUUCCAAUCAUAGUGUUUUCCAUUACAUUUGGAUUCAUAGCAUCUGAAUGGCUGGCUAAAUGGCCAUCUGAGGGCUGAAAGAGGGGCUGUCUUUCAGCCUGCAGUGAAAGGCUUGGGAGAAGUUUCUACUUUUUAUUUUAAUUAUACUUUAACCAAAGAAUUAUUUGAAAGUAACUUUAUAUUUGAAAGAUGAUUUUACAAAUAAACAAAUAAAAUAUAUCUUCUGGAGUGACGUCAGUUUGGUGAAUCAUUGUUGGUCAUCGUCCUUGUUAGCGGUGGUUGGACCCCCAGGAGACUGUCUUCCCAUUGUGCAUAGCAUUACCAUACAUGUAGCUGUAUUCACAUUAAAAUGAACUCUCUUCUUUUCAAUACUCCAGUGUCACUGGGAACUUACCGAGCAGCUAUAGGAGGAGAGGACCCUAUCUCAUGACCUUUGUCACCAGGCUUCCCGGUGUGGUUAGGGGAGGCACUCCUCUGGAUCCCAGGCACCCCACAAGGCCGGUGUUUAGAAGCAAGUGAUGGAUUGCUCUUUUGAAUGUACUCUAAGUAAAGCCUGGGUUAGAAUACCGAUGAACCUUCCUUGCAUUUUCACAGGGAUCAGCACAGUCAGGCGUGAAUUUAGAUAAUGAGGUGCAGGGUUAUUUGCAUUUAAAUUGUAAUCCAGCACGCGUGUGAAAAAGCAGAGGCGCCUGCCUAGCGAGGCUGCCCCGCAGAAGGGGUGGGACUGGCGGAGAAAGAGGGUGGGGCAAAGAGGGAUUUAGUAUCUACUGAGGUUAAUUUUCACUUUGCAGAGGGAAGGGGGGAUGUUUUGUUGGAUGAUGGUAGACGCUUCUCAUUUUUAAACCUAGGAUUUAAAUUGGAUGGGCCUCUUUUUCAUACUUCAACAACUUGAAUUUUCCUAAGAAAAUGACAGUUAUAAUGAAAAUUCUAGGGAAGGGGGAGAAAGAUCGCCUCUACAUGAAGAGGAAGUAUCUUGAUUUUUAAAUAUGUGUAAUACUAGGUUUGAUGUAUGUAGGUCUAAAAUUAUAGUGAUGAGUAGUCAAACUUUAAUAGACAAUCAGUUCUUACAAAUACUUUACAUGGUACCACUUAGCUGCCAUUACUUGCACCAAAAAAAAGUCAGAAUUUUGCAGCUGUUCCACUUUCCUUGGACUGUGUAGAAUGCAUAUGAUAUGUCUAAUGGGAAACAUAUAAAGUGCUUCCUUUGAUUGCCACUCAAGAUGGAAACAGAGUCCUAGGGCAUUGGAUUAUGCAUAGGCCAUUCUGAAUCUGCCACUUUACAGAGUCAUAUUGGUUUCUUUUUCAUUUAUAUAGCUAUUGUAUGUUUUUUCUCUGUGUGAUUCCGAUGUAUUUAUUUGAAAAAAAAUGUUUGUAAUUAUAAGAAAACCACACCCACCUGUACUGACAAACUCCUUGUAAAUUACCUGCAGCACUUGCCCUCUGGGCUGGGACCCUUCCCCUCCUGAUACAGCUGUGGCACAUUGUAAUGAAUCAUUCCAUUCCAGGAGCAUCUCUGUCUAAACGGUUCAUAGAUGAUUUAAUAAAGCGAACUUGUGUCCUCAGU